CAUACCUCUCUCUCUCUCUCUCUCUCUCUCUCUCUCUCUCUCUCUCUCUCUUCCUUUCUCCUCUUCCUCUUUAAUCAUUCUUGAUCAAAUCUCCUCUCAGCAAGAAAGCUAACUAAUCCCUCAAAGUUCUUAAUUUCAACUCUUUUUAUUGUUCUAAAUUGAGUUAGUAUAAUAUUAUUACAAGAACUUUAUUAUAGUUUUGUUUAAUUUCUUUCAUGCAUAUAGUUUAGUUCAGUUCAGCAUGCAGGUCAAAAUAAAGACUUGGUGCAGCUUCAUCUCAAGAACUGUUGGAUAUCCCUUAUAGAUCCAUUGCAGGCUUUAUUAACUAACACUGUUCCUCCUUUUUCCUAGGCCUGGAUUCCUCCUCCUACCAUAUAUUACUGCCCAGUACUCUUUCUUUGUCUCUCUAAACCGAUAAUGAAAGGCCUCAUAAUCCCUCCUCAACUCCAACUGCUAGAAGAAAACAUGUCUAAUCUUACCUCAGCCUCCGGCGAAGCCAGCGUCUCCUCCAACAACCAAAACCCUAAUCCUCCAUCUUCCAAGAAGAAGCGAAAUCUUCCAGGCAAUCCAGAUCCUGAAGCUGAGGUGAUUGCUUUGUCGCCAACGAGUCUUAUGGCGACAAAUCGGUUCCUCUGUGAGAUCUGCAACAAAGGCUUCCAACGAGAUCAGAAUCUUCAGCUUCACAGAAGAGGGCAUAAUCUGCCAUGGAAACUGAAGCAGAGAACGAGCAAGGAGGUGAGGAAGAAGGUCUACAUAUGCCCUGAAGUCACCUGCGUUCACCAUGAUGCCUCCCGUGCGCUUGGAGACCUCACUGGUAUUAAGAAGCAUUUCAGCAGGAAGCAUGGGGAGAAGAAAUGGAAGUGUGAUAAGUGUUCGAAGAAAUACGCCGUUCAGUCCGAUUGGAAGGCGCAUUCUAAGAUAUGUGGAACGAGGGAGUAUCGCUGCGAUUGUGGAACUCUCUUCUCCAGGUAAUUAAUCCAAUUCAAAUUUUUCAUUUUUAUUUUUAUUUUUAUGAUGUGAAUAUUAUCUAUGAAAUUAUUUUUUUUAAUGACAAUUGAUGGCUUCUAUUGAUAAUUACUCUCAAUUAUUUGAUUAGAUUGGCAUCAACAAGGUGUACGUUAGACACCUACCAAGUGUUAGCAAAUUAUCAAACUGUAAUUUUAUUCAGAAUUUAGUACAUUUAAGCUUUAAAAUAAGAAUUUUAUUUUAUUUUUUAUUUAUAUAUUGAUAUUUUGUUGUUGAAUUCAGCAACAAAUCAACAUAUAGUCAUUUGGAAUAAAUAAUUUCUUAAAAUUUAUUUUCUGUUAAUCUUUUAAUGAUUACCUU